ACAAUAUUAUAAUAAAUAGAAUGUUUAAAGACGUUAUACUCAAUUCAAUGUACAUGGUAUGAUACAUAUAAAAAGCAAUUGUUCGUUUGUAGACUAACAUAAAGUUUAGGUUACUGUGUUACUGUCGCAAUAAAUUUGUCUUUAAUUCAGGACGUGACUUGAACGCAAAAUCGAAAAACCAUUACAUAAAACAAAUUGACAAAUUUUCGAUGACAUUGAAACAAAUUUGUUUUUUCUUGUCUUGUGCUAGCAAUAUCGUAAUGCAAUCGCUAUGCUACCAACGCAACCUUAAGCAAGGUUCUUUGAAUUUUUGAUUUUAGUUACGAUUGUCUUAUUUGUUUCCAUCUUUACCUAUAAAAUGGUCAGUGUUUGUCCAUAAACAGCACAGUUCAAUUCGUUGUCCUAUACAAGAAACAUAAGAAACAAUAUUUUAAAAAUGUUCAAAUUAUUUGCAUUCGCUUUGUUCGCUAUCGUGGCUUCUGUGAUUGCUAAACCCGGCGUCGUGGCUCCAGUCGCUUACACAGCCCCCGUUGUAGCAGCUGCUCCACUUGCCGCUAGCACUGUUGUAUCGCGUCAGUACCAUGGUGCCUUCGCUGCUCCUUAUGUAGCAGCCGCUCCAUAUACAGCACCUUAUUUGGCUGCUCCCUACACUGCUGCUGCUUUGGCUUCCCCUUAUGCUGCUCCUUAUGUGGCGGCUCCUUAUGCUGCUGCUCCUUAUGCUGCCGCUGCUCCUUACGUUGCCGCCCCAUACACAGCUGCUUAUACUGCUCCAGUUUUGCUAAAAAAAUAAAUUGACGCUUAUAAGCAAUGCUUAUUAGGACAAAAUUGCACGUCUGGUCUAUAUGGAAUUCUCAGGAUUUUUGUUUUAGUCUAAUGUUAUCAAAUAAAUAAGAGUUAAAUGAAAAAAAAACUUGAUUUACUUUUAUUCUUAGCCCUAUUUUGAUGAUGCCUCGUCAAAGUGUUUUAAUUAAGGGGAUUAAUCAUGAAACGCUUGGAUUGUCAUAUACAUGGCUUUCUUGAUCUCUGGUUAAUUGGUUGUUUAAUGGAUUUCUGGUCUUUGUCGACAGUCAAAAUUCAAGUGUGAAAUUGAUCGUAAUC